GCUCUCUCUCUCUCCUUUGUCAGACAGGAGGAGGUGUUGCUGUUUUUCUGCUGGCAGUACACUUUGCAACCGAGCCGUGGAGGGAACAGGAAAACACAGCAGCACAAGGCCAAGUUCACUUCUAUCCACCUGAAAGCUACAACACAACGACCAGUAUGGCAAACAGGGGUCCAGCGUACGGCCUGAGCCGCGAGGUUCAGAGCAAGAUUGACAAGAAGUACGACCCGGAACUGGAGGAGAGGCUGGUGAAGUGGAUUAUUGCCCAGUGUGGCCCCGGCGUUAAAGAGCCCGAGAAAGACAAGACUGGCUUCCAAAAGUGGCUCAAGGAUGGAUGUGUACUGUGUGAGCUCAUCAACAGCCUGCAUGGAGCCAACAAACCAAUUAAGGCCAUUAAAACCUCCAGUAUGGCCUUCAAGCAGAUGGAGCAAAUCUCCAUGUUCCUUAAAGCCGCAGAAAGCUACGGAGUCAUCAAAACGGACAUGUUCCAGACUGUAGAUCUUUAUGAAAGCAAAGACCUGGCUGCUGUCCAGAGGACCCUGCUGGCCCUGGGUAGUUUGGCUGUCACCAAGAGUGAUGGCAAUUACAAAGGAGAUCCUAACUGGUUCCCUAAGAAGUCACAGGAAAACAAGAGAGAUUUUUCAGAGGACCAGCUGAACGAAGGCAGGAACGUCAUCGGCCUGCAAAUGGGCACAAAUCGAGGAGCAUCUCAAGCUGGUAUGACGGGCUACGGACGGCCGAGGCAGAUCAUCAACCCUAAUCCCUGAAGCAGGGCGGGUCUCAUACAGCCCACAGAGGUCCUACCAGGAGGGACAGAGAAGCUAUGACUCUGACUUUGGCCGUGAGGAGAAAACUGACCUUACUGGUCAGGGAAAAACUGGACCAAAUUGGGGACCAAAGAGAACCUGAGCACAUAUUACAUUGAGACCUUAAGCUGAUUCCUAAAGCUUGGUACAUCGUAGAUCUAUAGCUACCCCUCUGCCUGUCUCUUGUGAAUUACAUUUUUAAAUCRAUUGUUUCAUUCACGACCCAAAAGGGAGUAUGUUAAACUUCUGAAAUUGGGUUUCUGUGGGAAAGUUGUGAACAAAUACUAUCUUACUUGUAGUGGGUAAUGCACUUAGUUUUCAUCUGAUUAGUUUCCAUGGAGGCUAAUGCUAAGUGUUAGUCAGAGUGGGCCCAAUAUUAAUGGAGGGCUGCCAUUUUAAAGUGGUUCCAAUCACAAUUCUGCUUUUUAUGCGACUGCUAUUUUGUAAAUUUUCAAACUAGAAUCAAAUUUUCAUUAGAUUAAUUUACACAAAGUUUUUGUUUAACAAUGAGUUGGUGGUCUAUUACAAUAAGAUUUGUGAUUUACAAAUUAUGUAUAACUUGGUAAAACCACUUGACCACUUUGUGCAUUUCACAUGGCAACGGUUUUGGAACCAUAAGCUUCUAUGUAAAUGAAGUCUAAUGCAAACAUGAUGGUGGUUUAAAGGUUUCUAAAAUGGCUUUUGCAUUACCUGCUGAGACUGGAAUUAUUUGAAGAUGGCAUCCAUCCACUUUGAUUUUGGCCCCAUCUGGAUUAACUGUUAGCUACAGGAAAGGCUAUCCACUGAGAAAUUGCAGAGAAAUACUUCCUACUGGUAAGAUAUUGACGGCUCAUAACCUCUCCACAGAAAACCGAAUGAAAGUUCUGUGAAUGCAAACAUUUACGAUUGAUGUAUCUUUGUGUGGCUGGAAAAAAUGUCAAGCAACAAUCAAUUCUCUGUUCUCCUCUCUGUUUCUCUAUUGUAACCAGGACGCAGCUCUUUUUAAAAAACAAUAAAACUUCACCAGGUGGUGCAUUCAAGAACA